AUGGGCAUGCUAGUUAGUUUUCCUUUCUUUCUUCCUCUUAUUCAUUUAUUUAUUCAUUUUUUUCUUUCUCUAUUUAUUUACUUCUUCCUUUCUUCCUCCUUUCCUUCCUUCCUUCCUUCUUUCUUUCUUUCUUUCUUUCUUUCUUUCUUUACUUGUUUUGUUUCUUUUUUAUUUAUUUAUUCAUUCUUUUCUAUAUUUAUUUCACCCUUUCUUUCCUUCUUCCUUUUUCUUUCUUUCUUUCUUUCUUUCUUUCAUUCUUUAUUUAUUUGUUUCUUUCUUUCUUUUUUUAUUUAUUUAUUCCUUUAUUUAUUUAUUUAUUUCUUCCUUUUCUUUGAUUCUUUCUUUUCUUCUUUCUUUAUUGGUUUGUUUGUUUGCUUGUUUCUUUUUUCUUUAUUUAUUUCAUCCUACAUUUCUUUAUUUCACCCUUUCUUUAUUUCUUCUUUUUCUUUCUUUCUUUCUUUCUUUCUUUCUUUCUUUCUUACUUUGCGCCGAAAAACUAAAACGUUUACUCUCUCGAAUGGUUCGAUGAUUCGGCUGCAAAUUCGAAAUAACUCGUCCAUCGCUCAGCACAUCAAAAUAAUCAAAAAAACAUUGAGACAAUUUCUUUUCUAG